AAGAACAGCCUGGCCCAGUGAAGCCCAGCAGAACCUGGAGCGUCGCUUCCUCCUCGUCCUCGUCUCCGCCACCCUCCUCCCGCGCCGUCUAACCGGGAGCCUCCACCCACCCAAGCACGGCAGCCGUCGCCGAGCUACUCCUCGCCAUUGCCCAUCCUGCUCCUCCUCCCCCUCCCCGCAUCAGCUAGCAUCUGAUUCUUUAAUGCCUGGUGGACUGCCGAUCUAAUCCACCAAUCCGUGCCUCCGGUUUGGUUCUACUAAGCUCAUCUUUCUUCUUCGUCUCCAUCCCGCAGAGGCUAAAUCUCGGAUGCGGCCGCUGGAGUUGGAACCCGAGGCACUGGUCAAGCUUAUCUAUCGAAAAGAUUGGGGGCCCAACUCAACUUCCCAUGCCCGGCACUAAGCCCGCCCCUGUCGGCCAGGUGUUCGACCAAACUCCCGGAAGAGGGAUCUGUUAUGUUCUUGGCCAAACGACCGCCUUGGUCGUCUCAGAUUACCUGGUUCUGCGUCCGCCGCGCCGUUUCCUUGAUCAUUUCGUGGAGGAGGGUGUGGUACAGUGGCGGCGGCGAAAAUGCCACACCACGGACCUCUGGGCGGCUGUCGGAGCUGUUCUGGCCGGUGCGGGUGCACGUCAGUAGCGCUAUUGGGAGAGCUUUGGAACUGGGGAGGUGGUCAGAUUCGGUGGAGCUGGAGCUGGAGAGGCUUCAUGUCGACCUGGAUCCGUUUGUUGUCAACAGGGUGCUCCGGGGUUUGUCAGACUCGGAGACUGCCGUUCGGUUUUACUGGUGGGCAGAGUCUAGGCCUGGAUUUGACCAUACACAGUUCGCGAUAGCAUACAUUGCGAGCCUGCUGUUUAUAGAUGGUAACUUUUCUCUGCUGUCAGAGUUCCUUGAGCGAGUGAGGAGUCAGGGGGUGGCACUGCAUCGCUCUCUCUAUAGGAUCCUCUUGUCCGGCUAUGUCCGGGCAGGCAAGUUCAAUUCGGUCAUCCAGACAUUUGAUGAGAUGGUUACGUCCGGUUGUCGUGAGUUUGGCGUGGACUACAACAGGUUCGUAGGUGUCCUGGUUAAGAACUGUUGCUUCGAUUUGGUGGAGAAGUAUUAUGGCAUGGCACUUGAUAAAGGUUUUUGCUUGACUCCAUUCACUUAUUCAAGAUGGAUAUCUGCACUGUGCCAGUCACACAGGAUUGGGCUUGUAGAGGAGCUUCUGGCUGAUAUGGAUAAAUUUGGGUGCUUUCCAGACAUUUGGGCAUGUAAUAUAUAUGUUGACUAUUUGUGUAGACAAAAUAGGUUGCAUGAUGCCUUGAAGAUGCUGGAGAAGAUGGGGAUAAAAGGAACCGAUCCAGAUGUUGUCACAUACACAACAGUUGUUGGUUGCUUAUGUGAUAAUAAGCAGUUCGCAGAAGCAGUCGAGCUUUGGGAAGAAAUGGUGAGGAGGGGCCUUAAGCCUGAUACCAUUGGUUGUGGUGUAUUGAUAUUUGGGUUGUGCAAGAAUGACAAGAUCGAUGAGGCUUUUGAGCUAGCGUUGAUGAUGUUGAGUCUUAAUUUAGAACUCAGUGUAUGUAUUUACAAUGCCCUGAUAAGUGCUUUCUGGAGAUCCGGAAGCAUCGGCAAAGCCUUCAAAAUCAUAUCCUUCAUGCGGAAAAAUGGGUGUGAACCAGAUGUUGUCACAUAUAAUAUCGUUUUGAACCAUUACUGCGACACCGGUAUGGUAAAGGAUGCUGAAGACUUGAUGAAGAAGAUGGAAAUGAGUGGGGUAAAUCCUGACCGGUACAGCUAUAAUCAAAUGUUAAAAGGAUUAUGCAAAGCUAAUCAACUGGACAAGGCAUUUGCUUUUGUUGCUGAUCAUAUGGAAGUUGGUGGGUUCUGUGAUAUUAUAUCCUGUAACAUAUUGAUUGAUGCAUUUUGCAAGGCAAGAAAGGUAAACUCUGCAUUGAAGCUAUUCAAAGAAAUGAGUUAUAAGGGAAUACAGGCAGAUGCUGUGACAUAUGGAACUCUGAUUAAUGGUCUCUACAGUGUAGGAUAUCACAACUUAGCUGAAGAAACUUUUGAGCAGAUGUUGAAGACUCAGAUUGUUCCUAAUGUUAAUCUGUACAAUAUUAUGCUCCACAACUUGUGUAAAGCUGGUCAUUUUAAACGAGCUCAGGAAAUUUUCUCGCAGAUGCUUCAGAAGGAAGUACCGCCAGAUAUUAUUACUUUUAACACACUCAUAUAUUGGCUUGGAAAAAGCUCAAGGGCAAUUGAAGCCCUUGAUCUGUUCAGAGAUAUGAGGACUAGAGGGGUAGAACCUGAUAGCUUGACGUUUAGGUAUUUGAUCAGUGGUCUCCUGGAGGAGGGGAAAGUUACACUGGCUUAUGAGGUAUGGGAAUAUAUGAUGGAGAAUGGUAUCAUUCUUGACAGGGAUGUUUCGGACAGGCUAAUCAAUGUGCUUAAAUCAAAGAACAAGUAGGAGCUAACCUUCUGGAGAGCUUCAGCCUCUUCGGGAUCUUUCGCCUGGUUUAGGCUCCAUGAAGCUUCUUAUCAUCAGAGGUCAAAGGCCAUUGCUUCUAAGCUCAUUGCUGUGUUAUUGAACAUAGCUUGGCUGAGUGACUUUGUUUCAAUGCAUGCAUCAGUGCUGGUGGACCUGACCAGAAAGAAGACCAAAAGAUAAACAGAGGGCAAGUUGCAGGUGUGGUUUUUUAUCAGCAGGAAGUUUUUCUCUAACUAUUUCAUGACAAAGUUUGUGAAGUGGCUCACAUCAGCAUAGAGAAGGCACUGCAAGGCUAGCUUCAGUGAACUAGUGCAAUGUGCUUCAUCAAUAUCAUUAGGAGCACUGUACUAUGGGGAUGAAGGGUUAUGGCAAUUGCCAACUAGGUCAACAGAGUUUGAUAGCGACACCUAAGGAAUUGCUUCAGUGCAACGAGGUUUCCUGGUCAAAAUGUUUGUUGGUACAGAUAAGUAAGACGCUGAUCUGUUGUGCUCAGCUGAGGCCAGGGGCGGAGCUAGAAAGGGGCCAUCCAGCCCGGGCUAAACCAGUGAAUAAUAUAUACCAUGUUAAUUAAGAUUAUAUUAAAAUAGUACUGCUUUGGUCUAAAUUAAAUACUAUACAGGCUUACGUGGGAUGAACCGCCCCUGUCCUGUAUGCUGCUCUCUGUUGUAAUAUGUACUAGAGGAGAUGAUGCCAGAUGCUCUAUGUGUUUGGUAUUGAACUGUAGAAGUUUUGAUGUUUAUACGUCCGGGAUUUCAUUCCUCAGUUUUGAUAGUGGAAGGAGUUUGUAGUUGGCUAGCUGCUGAUAAAGAAAAGAAGCAUGAUGUUGGAUCUGUUGUACAGUAUGUUGGAAACAUGAAGACGAUAAUUCAUUCAUAUCGGGAAUAACAUGAUUUGCUUGUGUUUUGGAACUA